UUUGCAGAGCAGUGUCCGAUCAAGGCUUCCCAUUUAGGUAAAGGUACCGCAUGCUGCCGCUGACACGAAAGCAAAAAGGCCAACAAACACGCUGCGCCGAUUUAGCAGGAAGUCGGUUGAACGGUAUACCGAAACCAAAACUGGGUCGCAGAAAGGCUCAAAAAUUGCGCAGCCUUGCGAAUGAAUUUAUGCUUGCGCAUCGCCGCUCAUAAAACAAACGGAACAUGAAUAAGUAUUCUCUACGUUGUCAAAGCACCAUUCAAGGGUGUUUUGACCUCGGCGACGCCUUCACGCGAUUUCACGCCGUUUCGCCUUUUGUCGGUGGCAGCGUUUCUCACGUGUAAAUGCUGAUAUUUUUGUGUACGCUCUGGGGGUUUCAUGUUGAUCGCACUCAACGCGUCCUCGCCGUUGCAAAUUGACCGCCAUCUGACCAAAUCCGGUCCUCUGUGAAAUUUCAACGCUGUGUGUGCGUCAAGUGGUUGUCAUUUAUCGCCUUGCUUCGCCUGAAAAGACUUUGAAGCGGCCAUCGCUCUUUGUUUUUUGUGCCAUGGUGGUAUCAGCUGGUACUCUCCCGUACCCCUUGAAACGCCGUGUAGUGUGACUCGUCCAACUUUUGCGGCACCAUUCGAAUAUCUCCGCUUGCAAGUAACGCCCGUGCGUGCUGAACGUUCACCAUUUUCACCGAUGAAGCGGAGAAGGUGAUACGAGAUCGCUGUUGUCGAGAGCGAUUAGUAGACGGCUGUAAUUUGUAACCACGAUGGAAGAAGUGAUCCAAAGUCACCUGUCUGCCUUUUCCUCAGCGCAUUUCUGAAGGCACCGCCUUGAAGUGCGGGUGCUGGCGGGCCUUGGAAUGACCUCUGUGAGCCACUGGCAGAUCGAUGACAUUGAUGAUGCUUUGGCUGCGGAUUUCGAUGGCAGCCUCUCUGGCCUGGGCAUGGAACUGGGCACUGCAUCGUUCAACAUGAGCGAUGCUUUGCUGGCUCUGCCUAGCCUCGCAUCAGUAAAGCAAGAGAUGCCUCGAGAGAAUGGCUAUGCCCUGGCCGAUGCCCUUAGGCAAGGUCCUGCAAGUGACUGCGGCAGCAACAGCUUGGGACACUCCUCGGAGGCUCGGUCAGGGGUGCAUGGCAAGAAGAACCGGCUGCCCCUGAGCACCGAUGACGAUGUCACUGGUGCCAUCAAGCGCUUCUGUGUCAGCACCUCCAGGGAACCGGCCGAGGACACCAGUCCAAGCCGGUGCCGGCACAGCUCGUCGGCUCCCGACCUGCGCAUGGCCGUGUACCAGCCAACGGCACCACUGUCUCUGCCCCUGCCACGCCUCGGACCCGGUGGGGAGCUGGCUGGCAACGUGUCGACAGGUGGCUUUCAGUACUUCCUGGGAGCAGCCACGUCCAUUGCCACCAAGCUACAUGAGGAGACCAUGACCUACCUCAACCAAGGUCAAUCGUACGAGAUUAAGCUCAAGAAACUUGGUGAUCUCACUGAAAUGCGGGGGAAGAUGCUGAAGAGCACCAUUCGAAUUGGUUUUCAAGAACGUCGGCUGCAGUACAUGGAAAAAGAACAGAUUACUCAGUGGAUGCGGCAGAGACCAGGCGAAAGGAUACUUGAAGCUGAUGUGCCCUUGUCAUAUGGAGUGUAUGAAGUGGUCAACACGCCAAACAAAGUCCACUUCUGCGAGUUCCUUUGGGAUCCAACCAAAGAGACAGGAGUUUUUGUACGGCUCAACUGCAUCAGCACAGAGUUCACUCCCAAGAAGCAUGGAGGUGAGAAAGGUGUGCCCUUCCGCAUCGUCAUUGAGACAUAUUCACACGGGGAGCCCGGGCCACCACAGAAGUUACACUCAGCAUCCUGUCAAGUCAAGGUGUUCAAGCCAAAAGGUGCCGAUCGCAAGCACAAGACUGACCGUGAGAAAAUGAUCAAGAGGCCCCUAGCUGAGCAGGAAAAACAUCAGCCUUCGUACGAUUGCACGGUGUUUACCGAGUGCAUUUCCGAGCCAGCAUUUGCACCUGCCAGCCCUCCCCUGAGUGCCAGUGGCAACAGCAACAGUGGAGCCACAAGCCCUUCUGCAGCAUUAGCAGUUGGGGCCCAAGGUCCUGCUGCUAUUCCAGUCGGAGCGCAGGGUCCGUCUCCGACCACACCAACCAGUCUGUUGCCUGUUGUGUCCAGCGCGCCCACUACUAAGCCACCACCUGUGGCCAGCGUCCCGCCGCUGCCUCCCAUACCUGUGUCUCCUCCUCAGCCCAUCCAGCAGCGACCUAGCAGCACCAGCAACUACUCACCUCAGGGGAGCGGCGACAGCUUCCCUCCUCCUGCUGCAAGCACCGCCAUUCCUGACCAGAACCCUGGAACCCCAGGCAGCUCAACUAGUGACAUACUUGAAGUUUCAGAUGCAUCCCUUUCAUCACCGCAGAAUUAUCAGUCCCCCAGCUCCCAGUUGUCAUCGGAAGCCAGCGCCAAUGAAACAUCCCACUGGCUACAGCAGAACCGCUUCGCAAACUUCACCCGGACCUUUGCUAGUUUUUCUGGUGCUGACAUUCUGAGACUCACAAGAGACGAUCUCAUCCAAAUAUGUGGUCUCGCUGACGGCAUUCGGCUUUUUAAUGCCUUACACUCAAAGACUAUUCGGCCACGGCUGACUGCUUAUGUCUGUCUGCCUACGGAACAAGUGUUCCGGGCUGUGUACCUGAGGAGCCUGACUGUGCUGGAACUGCUGAGCAAGUUGACAUCACUGUGCAAUGUCUCCCCUUUCACCGUUCAUGACAUCUACAUCGACGGUCCAUCUGGAAUUCAUGUGCUGGUCACUGAUGAGGUGGUCCGCAACAUGCCUGACGAGUCAAUGUAUGCCAUGGAGCUUCUGAGAGGUCCAGACGACGAAGUCUACAGCCUGCUUCUCAAGUCUUAUGGAACCAACACGAGGACAUGAUGAAUUGCCUGUGUAGCUACCUUUUCCAUCAUUAGUUGCAUUGGUUUGCAUACUGGUUCUGGCCUCACUGGCUUCAUUCUCUCCAGUUCCAUCUGCCAGGAAUUUCUUCAAAACUUUCAUUGAAGCCCGGUACAUCAAGCGCAUCUAUUUUGGACAACAGAAUCUGCUGAACUUGCAGCAAACAAAUGCUUUGGGAUGCUGUGCUAUAGGGACGUGAACUUGUUUUGUGAAAUGAGCCUUGCAGCAUCAACAUGUGACAAGAGUGGUUGGAAGCAUUGUUCUGACGUGAUUUUUCAAAUGAUUUACUGUGUACAACUGUUUCACAUCGUUUAAAGAUACAUUAAUUUCUUAACCACGAAGUCAUAUCUGCCCCACCUAUUUAAGUACAUGUGAAUAUGAGUGUGUACAGUUUGCUAUAGAUCGCUACAAAGUUCACUCAAAGGGACUGUAACAAGUCUUGUUUAAAAAAUGGCUUCCCAAUGAGCCUUUGCUUUUAGAGGUGAUGCCUUAUCAGAAGUGAUGAAAAUCAGUCGUAGAUAAAUUUGUUCCCAUGAUGUCAAGUGGUGAAAAAUGUUCAUUCAUUUGCAAUUACGCCUCAUAAAAGGUGCACCUUUCUUCCUUCGGGUGAUGUGCAGGGAAUUGGCAUUGGAGCUGACGAUAAGGACAGCAGUUGUUGAUAAGUGCAAACACUGAAACAUAACUUGCAAUAGCCUACCUUGUUUCAACCAUGUGGGCAUGGUUUCUAGCUUUUCGAGCCUGUGCACUGCUUUCUUGGUUUUUUUUUUUUUUUUUCAUGUGGGUUAGGCAUGUGGUUUGCGCAGAACUUCGUGUGCAGGAGGGAGCACACGGGAAUGAUGAAAACGCUGAUUGCCCCCCCCCCCCCCUUCGGGAUUUUCAAACUGCUGUACGGCUGACUGCAAAAGCUUUUGGAGCAUAGAAUAAAAGCUUAGUCUUGUUGCAUUUUCGUCACUGAACCUGGAAUUCAGAGGUGAUGGUUGCAAAGAGAAGUACAGUCGUACAUUUAUAUAGUGAACACUGAUGUAAAGAAUUAUCACAUAUGAUGAAGAACAGUUAAAUGUCAAUAUAACAAACUUCAGUUCUCAAUAAAAUUCUCAAUAUAUCAAAGUAUUUAAUUUUUAUAACUUCUUGUCCAUUGCACACCGUUUACUUUGAGCCUCAAUAUAACGAGGUGUAUUUAUACAUAAUUUCAGUAAAACGAAAUUUCACUGCCACUGCCAUUCUGCCACUAACAAAUAACGAGACAAUAAAUGGAAACUUCCGUAGACCAGAAGAUCAAAUAGUUGAACUACAUUCGGCUGCUUGUGAACGCAUCUCUUGCACAUGUCCUUUUCUAGCGCGGCUGACCAUAAGCCACUGACCUGCGCUCUGCGCUCUCUAAACUCAUGAUGGCACGCACACAGCACACAAACUUCUCCAAUUGUCAUAGAUCUCGGAGCUUACGGCAAGCAUGGCUAUCAGUGUGGCUGAGCGCAUAUGCAGCCCGUUAAUGCACUUAGCAUUCAAGCAAUGUAGUGGCACACCAUGUUGCCACCGCCGAAACACAUCACAUAUGAGCCGUAUACUUGGGGUCCUUCGUUUCUGGGUUAUAUGCUUCUUGAAGUUUGGCUGUAAAAAUCCGUUAUCUUUUAAAAUUAAAGCUGGGGAGAAAUUGGGUGUUUUGUUGUCUGGCUGCCCAAAGUUCGUGAUUUUUCUAGUAACUUUCACAAAUUAUUAAAGCAAACGAUGCAUACACCAUAUUCAUAUAUAAUAUUUGUAAUAAGAUAUGUCUCACAAAAUGCAAAAAGUGUUCAUUAGUUUUGUAACACCUGCAUUUAUCAUUAUCCCAAAUGAAAUUAAAGUCAUUGUGGAGAGGCCGGGUUUAACCCGCUUUGUAUUAAUUUUGUUCAGGGUGCAAAAACAGUAAUUAUCGAGUUUCACCAUAGCGAAGGACCCUACAUAUACUGCAUCCAGGCGCCCCUCUCAUGCGUCCCUUUGGACAUGUUGGGUCAUAUAGCGGCAGACAGGCAAAGUCUCCUUUUCUGAGAUUGCACCGGCGCUUGCUAAUUCUGAGAAUUUAUUCCCGUCAUUUGUGACGCAGUGCUGAAGUGUCAGGCUGCUGUGCUUCAGGAACCCAUGAGACACAGGUUCGAAUCCAGUGGAACAUUGGAGAAAUUUUAAAGUUCUUUUUUUGUUGAAGAGAAAGUGCUGUAAGGAGGAUAUAUAUAUAUACACACACACACACACACAUGCGCGCAUAUACGUACAUACAUAGACAUGAGAUGGCUGAAGUUGGCUAAGAAUGCUAAUCGCAUUAAAAUGUUAAAUAGUUGGCAAGAACACCUUAAUAUGGCACAGUCUGAAUGCUCAUCCAAACAUUCACAAGGUGCAUGCUUAUAAUUUAGCAUUGUUCACAUACAAUGUAUCAGCAUGGCAAGCGACAAACAGGCAUUUCCAAUUUUCAGGAGACCCUCUGCUGACCUGUCAUUUGUGAUUGUUUUGCAUACGCUUGAUCGCGAACUUUUUUUUUAUGUGUACACUUAUAAGAAAUAUAAAAUAGUAUAAAGAAGUUAUUGUCUUUUCAUAUGGGACUCCGUUAUAAUGAGGUUUGACUGUGGUGUAUACUUAACUUUUCUCUUUGCAGCAGGAUAAAUUAUCUGUGAUGAAAUUUAGUUUUUUCAAGAAUCCCAUGCUCAAAAAGCUUUUGCAAUUGGGAGUGCAUUCAGUUUGUUUUUGAUGGAACAGCUGUGUGCAGUCAGUAUUUUGGUAUGUUUUACUUACACAAAUGCAAUGUCUGCGCUUAGGAAAUGUAUCUAUACUGAAGGCAUAUCAAAGACUCGCAUGUUGAACGCUCAUAUGUGACUUUGAUAUGUCUUUGUUGCCAAGAGGUCUUUCUGCCUUGCUGCUGAGUGAAUGUAAGCACAUCAAGAUGAGACAGAAUACUGUAAUGCUGUGCUUCAGCUAUGAUGAAUGCAUCAGCCAGCCAGCAGGGGUACAGUUGAACCUUGAUAUGAUUCUUGAUUUGAGACAAUUUACAGUUACUUUAUUAUCCAAUCUUUAUACCAUUUACAUAUUUUUCCUUACGAUUUAGCUAAAUGAUUUUGUCUGUUACUUCCAUUUAAUGAAGUUCUCAUGCGUUGUCUGCAUGCUCUGAAGCAUUUAAUGACAAGCAUGAAAUAAAAACAGCGGGCUCAGAUAGACUUACUUCUAUGAGCCUUUCUGCACACAAGCAAGACCAAGACUCCAGGCACAUUUCUGCCGUCACUGUCGCCGUGAGGUUCUGUAUGAGUGAAAGCAUGUGAGGGUGAGCCAGUGAAUGCGAUUAAGCCUCGUGUGGGCGAGUGAGCAACGUGGCCCGGAUGCAUGCCCUCUCCUGUGGCAAGGGAGGAGGGGCGUUCUUCUCCGGCGGCUUCUAUGCUGCCUCCAUGUCCUCCUCGCCCACCACUCUGCAUAGAGUGGAGACAACCGCAGCGUCUACAACAGUGUUGGCCAUGCAAAUCGCUGACGCCAUAGUAGACGACUUUGGUGAACUCCGUAGGGGCACAUUGCUGGCGCUCGUAUGUCAUGAAAGCAGUCUGCAACGUGGCUUAAGUACGCACCCACGCAGGCCUCAUCUUCAAAGCGAUCUGUGAUGUUUACAGAGUGCACAUAGUGCCGGUAGGCUUUGUAUGCGAUGUGCAUUCAACGUUUCGUUCUCAGUGAAGCGAGAUAUGCAUGAAGGUUAAUUCAAUUGCUGUUGCCGUGAUUCCUCACUCCAGAAUUUUCACAGCAAGUUUCUGCACUCAUCGAGCGAGAUGUGUUCAUGUUUACCUGUGUGUGCGUGACACCGUGCUGGUUAAUUUAGCUAAAACACGUUGACUUGCUAGUUGGUUUGAAUCUAUGAUAGAAUAUGGAAGCGCGACUGAACGAGGACGUAGAACAAAGCAGGCACACAAACACAGUGCUGUCUCUAUGUGUCUGUUUCUUUCUAUGUCCUCGUUGAGUCAUGCUUGCACAUUCUGUCAUUGUUAAUUUAGUUAUAGUUUAGUAAGCAAAUGUUUACAAGUUUACACAGCCAAUAAAACUACUGUCCUUACUUCGUACAGCUAUCUACUAACUUCCUAUCGCAAUCGGUGCUUCACCUUUCGGGUGGAACUGUGAAUUUUUCAUUUGCUGAAGAAUAAAAGCAUUACCUUUAACUAAAUUUUUUUUUAAUUCUUGGCGUGAGAAAGUACCACAACUUCUCGUACUUCCAGCCUGUUAUAUCAAGGUUUGACUGUAUUCCAGAUGUUGGCUUUUGCUGUACUUCCUUUGUGGUGUCUGUUGCAUGAAACCUAGUAGUAACUGUUGCAGCUGUUUGUUUAACUGCUUGUAAGCUAAACUUCAGAAUGGACGUGUUAGUGGUAGUGUCUCUGUCUGCCACUUAUACUUGCAGCACCAGUAACUGUCACAUCAUUGCAGCUGUUAAGGUACUCUCUGUGAAAGCAGCUUAAUGUUUCUGUGACAAAAAGGAAUGGGAAAAAGGUUUUUGUUUCUAUAUGGUAUGCCAUAGGGUGCCAGUGCAGUGUACACAUAGCCUGAGAUCACAGGCUCAUGUACUAUAGUUGUCAAAAACUUAUAUGGUGUUGGGAUCUGAGAAAAAGCUGAAUAUUUCUGUAGCCUGAGCUCGUAAUCUUGUAUUAGAAUCCUCCCGAGACCUCUCGUACAAUAUAUUGCACAUUGGCUUUCUCAAAGUUAGGAAAUUAUUACGUAAAAUAUCCAUGCUGAAUAUGAAAUCUCUCUGUAGAAGUGUAUCAAAGUGUAUUACUUGUAUUCUUGACACCAACUCUUAAAAAAAACUGAAAAUUAAGAAAUAAAGGGGCACUCAUUUGAAAUAGGCCAUUGUGUGGCCAUUAACAGUGAAUAGCAACCAUGAUCCGUGUUUUGAUUACUGUGAAAUGACAUAAAAAUUCAGGAUGCUUGCCAAAUGUAGCAACCCACCACACAAUGUUGCAUCUUUAUCUUUUUGCUUAUACAAACAAAGCAGUUUGGCCAUAUCUGACAUGACAAGAUGGUCACUUUGUCCAUGUGCAUGGUGGUCCAGAUUCAGGCGUCUAACAAGUACAUUUAAACAAAAAAUUGGUCUUGCAUUCAUCACAUACCAUUCAGUAACAAAAACUGACUUGCAAAGUGAUUGAGGUGCCUAUGAGUCCUGGCAGGACAUGUGACGAGCCUAGUGUUGUAUUGUUUUACUGACUACAGGGCCUCAAUUAAACUUUUAUUGCAAUAGCAAUUAUGCUUGAAGCCCAAAACACGGUCGUCACCACCAUUGUCAUGCCAUCCCGCUCAAUGGCACAUGCCUGGCUCUGGCACGGUGAGUUAGAGCGCCUCCUGGGACGUGAAGUCUAUUUGGCUGCAACAUCAGUGAAGCGAAAUCAACGCACUGUCAGUGCUAUGCUCAAUUGCUUUGGUGGUGGAGCCAGGGCAUAGUUCCUGCUGAACUGCUGUGUGUAUGCACUGUUCGGAGUGGAAUGGGCUGUAAAUGUCAAGCUAAUGUUAACUAAUAUUUCACUGGGUGCACGCUAAUGCUCAUCACAUCAGCAUUAGACGCAUGGUAGCUGCCAGGGCACUGUUUCCUAUCAGGCAGGAGUUGCCCUGUGCGCUGCAUCAUGCCAACAUGUUGCUCUUGCAUAUAGUUAUAACAUCAUCUGAGGAGUCCAGCAUAAGGCUGUCAAAUGUCAAUGCUGCUUUCAAUCACUGUCAGUGCUUUGCCCUUGUAGCGAAACGGCCAAAUCUUGUUUACAGAGCCUACAGCCUGUAAACCUUGAAAUGUCAGUUUUGAGGGCUACAGCAUAGUCUGCAAACUUAUAUCCUCACAGCUGUACAUUGCAUGAACACCCAUGCGUGCUAUUUGACUGAGAAAACACAGUAGGUGCUGUAGUUGAUACACUGGCUUCCCACACAAAGGGUUGAGGCUUGGGUCCCACGGAUGUCAUGAAAAUUGCUAUCUAGUUUUUAACAUAUCUUCCAACCUGUGCCUUUCCCGCAUUGGUCCAAAAUUCCAAUAAUUUUCUUUCUUAAGGUAUGAUUUCUCACAUAGUUAGUCGAUGUCCUUUGCAUUAUUUGCAGCCAGGAUGAGACAGGGCACUGUCUUAUGCUUGGCAGAAUUGAAGAGCUUCAAGUCAAGGCCUGUUUCUGAAUACGGGGUUAGGAGGAAACUGUAUAGUUUGUUAAUGCUAUGUAUGUAUAAUAAUUGCCCACGUGACUGUGGCUAUGAGUAUGGUGUUAAAUGGUUCUUGUACGUGCUGAAAGUCUGUACACAAAAUUGUCCGAUUGUCACUUUAAAACGUGGCUGUUGUCGAGAGCUGCUGGCGGCAGUGUCCCAGUGCUCCUGCAUAUGAAGCUGCACUCUACAGACUUUGAUCCUUCCUUUUCUUCCUUUUUACUUACCUGACCUUUGAUUUGCAUUGAUGUAGAACGACGUGCUGUGUUGUUUUAUCUCAGUGCCUUAAACACAUAUUAUCGGGUCUGUUCGGUUAUGCACAAUGGGAGCCAAAAAUACUAUUGUAUGCAGUGAAUUGAGCCAGUUGAGGGUAGUAUUCUACAGAUAUCACUGUUUCUCAAGGAGAAAGAAUAGAUAUUAAUUUUGAUUUUGUUCUGUGCCCUCAGUCAAUGUAUUAUGACCAUUCUGCGCAGUGAUGCUGUUUUAUAUGCAGCAUGCAAGGAUUUGCCAGCAUUCUUGCCUUGAGCCUCUUGUGUACCUGGCAAAUGUGUUGAACUGACUUAUCUUUCAAGUUAUUGCUUUGUAACUGUGUGGCAUAAAUUGUUGCCUGCAAUGUAUGUUAACUUCUGCUAAAAUGCUGUCACUGAUUCAUAGAAAACCAAACUGUGAGAUGCUCCAAACAAUUGAAUGUGCUCAGACAUUGGUUAUCACUGGAAAUCGCAGCAAGAAGCAAUUAGGAGGAGAAACAUUGUGUUGUCCCACAUACACAUAACUUCACUAGCACUGUAGACAACUUGAGGCACGUCGGAUGCUGACUUCACCUAGUGACUGAAAUGGGCAACGUGCUUGUUGCUGUCCCGUCGGUGUUCUGUCACCAUGGUUGCCACAGUGACCUAAUGACAGAACUUGCUUGCAUUCCAUUUUAUUAAGUGCCAUAAUCUGCCAUUAGAUGUCGCUUACGAAACCUCCUCCCCCACUUUUCUAUACAUGUUUUUCACUGUGUGAUGUCUAGUUGCCUAUUAGGGCUGCCACUAAUGAGACUGUCCUCCUAAGUGCUUCCUUCUGCUGGAGAUGUGGGCAGAUGUUAACAGUUCCAUCACUUGUAUCAGUAUUUCGUCAAGACCAGUAUGUGCUGUCUUGUUUGCAGUGUUGUAAGGACUCUUGCGUGGUGCAGAAUUUUAAUAUUUCUUUUCUGUCAUUCAUUUGUUAAAGUUAUAUAGAUGUUCUGCCGUGCAGCUUUUAGGAAGAGGCACAAUCAUUUCGUUGUACACACUGUUUUUUUUUUUUAUUAUGGUGGGACCCUACUAAUUUUUUGUCCAGCACAGUUGCAAGGCAUGUGUUGUUAUCUCAGCAGCAGAGUGUGACUGAUUGAAGGGGUCAUGACUGGUUCAUUUUUUAGCAAUCGUUUGUGAUUUUAGUUUUGUAUUUGGCAUUUUGUUUUUGGCCUUUUGCUGCUAACAGGAGCUUUCACUGGAUUUGUAUAAUGGGCACUUAAGGUAGAGCUGUUUUAACCAUGCCAAAGCCUUUGAAAAUGGACAUGGUAAUGCAUUACGAGCAGUAGACAGCACUAAACAACAGGACAAACAGAGGGACACAGACAACAGCGAAUGUGUUUUUCAUGAGCAAGUCGGUAGUUGACGCUGAAGAAGCAGGUCUGCAGACCUAGAACUCUGUGCACCUGCAAUGACCGUUAUACGUGUAGCUCAUCAUUUAAAGCAGUUGCUUCCAUGUUUAUGUGCCCAUGCAACAUUACACCAGUUGGUCCUUUAGCUUCAAGUGUAAAGCCAUAGUUUCUUGUGCAUUUACAUUUCUUUUCACACUGUACUGUCAUUUUUUUUAUUUCAUUUGUUUUUGCUUAGAAUUCAAUGUUAGUUGUUUUUACUCUUUCAGUUUUGGGGGAAAGCAUUCUGAAAUGGUACAAAGACAUCUUCAUUCUCUUUUGCUUGUGUACAACUCAUUUGUAGUAUUUUCCAAGGUAUGCUAGGGUGCCAUUGACAUUUGGUGCACAGUCAAGAAUACAUAGAGCAUUUCCUCAUUUUAGCACAAAAAGGAACAUAUGUGUAGCUCAUGCAUUGAGAAGAGUGAGAAAGAAACAUGUAGCCUCAUCUCGGCUCUCUAAAGAGUCAACAGAACUACUAGCGUUACAAGGCCUGUUGCACUUUUCUGCCUAGGUUACCUGACUGUCGACUUGCUCCAUCAAAUCACUACCGUCAUUGGGCCACUGCUGUUAUCUUGACUAUACCCCCAUCCAGUGGAUGGAGGGCUUUUCUCAACAGCUGCAGUGUUCUGUCUCUACGUAUUUCUCUGUUAUUAUUUCGUUAAAAAUAUUCAAUCUCCUUCCUCCAGCAUAAAUGAAUGAAUCAUGCCUUUGUCUGGCUUGCUGGGCUAUUAACUGGCCUCCUGUGUGGAAAGGCUACUCGAGUUGGAUUCUUGGUUGAAAUGUCGUGAGAUAGAGUUAUCUCUAGUAUUUUGUGGCUGCUGAUGGUUUAUCCAUUUCACUGCUGAUGUAUUAUGGUAGGAAGCUAACAAAUACCACUACUUAACAAUGUCUGUCUUAGUCACCUUUGUGGUUUGUGGCAUUCCCAAUAUAUAUUGCCCCUCUCUGUUUUUGCUUUUGGUUUAAUGACUUCAUAGCAUUGUCGUCUUGUGAGUAACCAACUUGCUUUGGGUGCAAGAGAAGUGCUGAUAAUAGAAAGAUUGUCACGUUUUGACUGUAGUUGAUAUGUAGCAUUUUUUAUGUGAUGCUUGCGCAGUGGAUUGUACUUAGAAGCAGAGUGAAAACAAAGAAAUGCGGUGUUCUAAUGAGCCGGCCAUCACAAGAUGAAAGAGCUGCGAGCAUAUUGCAGCUGUAAGAUACAAAGUAUUGUAUAUAUGCCUCUGCAUACUGUUACAAGUGGUUUGAGUUAUACAGCUAUUCAAAAUGCUUAUUUCUUCUACGUCUGUAUCAUAGGUGCAGUUCGGAAUUACAUAGGCAGUGGAAGGUAUCGUUUUUUCGUGGCAUGGCAUUGUGCAAUAAGUUGUUACUUUUUGGUCCAUUAUGGGGAGGGAUAACUGGUAAGGCCUGCAGGGAAAAUAUUUCCAUCGUGUUUUUGUUUGUUUUUCUGUACUUCCAUCAUUGAUUUUUUUUUUUUUCACAGCUUGGCUCAGUCACUUUUUUUGAUCAUCUGGUGGUGCUCAAUUUCAUUUAUUUUGCGUCGUUUCAUGUUGGGGAUCUCGCCUGAAGAACUUCAUUGUGCCUGAUGGGUGGGCUGAAUGUACAGCUCCUGGUUUUUUAUGCUUGUCAAUCUAGCGAAUUUCACAAUGGUUUCUUCUUUUUUUUUUAUCAAUGGCAGCCUUUGAUCUUUAGCAUCUUUGAUCUUUUUUAUACACAAGUUUCUAUUGCUUAGUUGUAGUUGUGCAUGGUAUUGUUCACUUCACCAAUGUGACACCAUUGAAGUGUCCUUUACUUACUCCAGAAGCGCGUGGUUGACGCCCUGGUACGUUCUUUUUCUUUUUAUUGUUUGUUCAUUGCCGGUGUCUGUCGCUUUUGUGGUGUAUGCCGUACGUCAUCGGUUAAAGAGGGUCUGUUUUAUGGUCAGUCAUAUAGAGAUGAAAAAAAGAAAAAAAAUGAUAAGACAUCUCCGUUCAUGUUGACCUGCAUUGUUCAUGUUUUGUGCACUCGGGUGCAAAGAUGUAGUUUGUCACUGCGUUUGUACAGAGAGCUCUAUUUUUUCCAAGACGGAAUAAUAAAAGAGUCUAGGCACACGCAUA